AUGUCGCAGAAAUCUUCUACCAAGUCACCCGAGGACCGGUAUGUCCUUGUCACCGGGUCCACCGGCUUCAUCGGCGCCCAUGUUGUCGACAACCUCCUCGCGCGGGGAUAUCGCGUUCGAGGAGCAACCCGAUCGGCCCAAAAAGGCGAGCAAAUGAAGGCCGCCCGACCACACUACGCCUCAAAGCUAGAUUUCGUAGUCGUGGAAGAUUUUACCAAGACCGGCGUCUUUGAUUCUGCAAUGGACGGAAUUGACGGUGUUAUCCAUGUUGCCAGCGUACACACACGCGUUAACAAACCACAGCCAUUCUUCUAUAACACCACAAACAACGAGCAAGAACUCAUUCUCCCCGCCAUAAAUGGCGUAAAGUCCAUCCUAUCUGCCUCCGCCAAACCAGGCAGCAAAAUCCAACGCAUCGUCUUGACAUCCUCCUUCGCCUCAGUCGUCGAUAUAAACCGUACCCCUCCUCCUGGAUUCACAUACACAGGGGCAGACUGGAACCCUUUGACUUACGAAACAGCUAUUGACCCGAGCUCAACAUCUGUAGUAGCAUACCGCGGAUCGAAGAAAUUCGCCGAGCUAGCGGCAUGGGAUUUCAUCAAGAACGAGAAGCCUCAAUUCGAUCUAGUCACUCUCUGCCCACCAAUGGUUUUCGGUCCAGUCGUACACCCAGUGCCUAAUAUCGAGUCAUUGAACGAAUCCAACUCGGAUCUUUGGAGCGUAGCCGCCGGUGCUGACCCAUUACCUGGUGCCCGUGUUUCCGCAUGGAUUGAUGCGCGGGAUCUCGCUGAUGCGCAUGUUCGGGCUCUUAUUACACCAGAGGCUGGUGGGAAGCGCUAUGUCCCUGCUUCGCCGGAGCCGUUCUCCUACGAGUAUGUGGCUGAUAUCAUGAAGGCUGAGUUUGAGUGGGCUAAAGAUACUGUGACGGAUGGAUAUGCUGCUGGAGUUAAGCCGAGUGCCUCUUAUGAGGUUGAUGGGGAGACUGUGGCGAGAGAGCUGGGUGUUGAGUACAGAAGCUUUAAGGAGACUGUCGUUGAUCUGGUGAAGCAGGUUAAGGAGACUAUUAUCUAA